AUGGCGAAGCGCAAGUCGAUGAGCUCCAAGAUGGCUCAGCGGAAGAAGCCGGCGCCGAAGCUUGAGACCUCCUUCUGCUGCCCCUUCUGCAACCACCCCGACAGCGUCGCCUGCACCAUCGACCUCAAGCUCUUGGUCGCCACCGCCGUCUGCUACGUCUGCGAGGAGGCCUACCACACCACGGCGCACUACCUCACCGAGCCCGUUGACGUUUACCACGACUGGAUCGACGCCUGCGAGAAGGCCAACCAAGAUGACGAAUGCUUCAAACGACAGCGGCGAGUCAGCAGCGACGACAACGACAGCGAUGCCUGA